AUGUCGAGCGAGCGGUCUGCUUCGUCGUCCGACCAAGGUAACUAUCUACCCGAUCAUGAGUCUCUGUUCCAAGAGGUCUCCAAUGCUCUCCUUUCCGAUGCGUCCAACAAGCCUUUCGCGAUCGGCGGGAGAAUUGAACUCGGCUCUGCCACUCCCUCCGAGAGAGACGGCAUCAUGAUUCGUUGGGAUUCCGGUGAGGGCCAGGGCCGCAACGUCUCACUGCCAAUGGGGAACGAUCCGAUCUCUCAAGCUGCUUUCCAAAAAUUGAUGGAAGAUUGCCAACCAGCCACCUUUGGCAGAGGAGGGGAAGACGUUUUAGACGAAACUUAUCGAAAAGCGGGCAAGAUGAAUACCACCCAAUUCUGCACCGAUUUCAGCCUGGCUGAACACGGAGUUAUCGACACAAUAGUUCAAGCACUACUUCAAGAGGGCGCUCAUGGUGGAAAGUACAACGGUGUACGAGCAGAGUUGUAUAAGUUGAAUGUUUACUCUGGUCCAUCUGGGAAAUUCAAGCCUCAUGUCGAUACUCCACGAUCGGAUGCUCAAAUGGGCUCCCUCGUUGUCUGUCUGCCCUCUUCUCACCAAGGUGGAGAAUUCGUGGUGCGCCACGCCAGCCAGGAAGUCCGCUUCGACUGGUCCAAGCGACUAGACUGUAUUCAAUGGGCAGCAUUCUUCUCAGACUGUGAGCACGAAGUUUUGAGAGUGUCAGAGGGUCAUCGAGUGACGCUCACUUACAAUUUGUAUUGGACGGACUAUGGACCAUCUCAUAUGGCGAGACAACUCAAUGCUUUGGACCAGUCCUCCUUUCACUUCUACGUGGCUUUGGAAAAGCUCAUUAAUUGUCCCUCAUUCCUUCCCAAGGGUGGUCUCAUUGGCUUCUCGUGCACACAUGGCUAUCCGCAUACGUCACCCUCGUCCAUUCCUCACCUGGACCGUAGGCUCAAAGGCGUCGAUAUGCUGGUGUAUCAGGUGUUUAAGCGUCUGACAGGCUCCGCUCGUGUGCGCGCAGUUCUUGAUGCCAGUGAAUACGAAGAAGAACGCCGUGAACGUUUGAGAGACACCAUGGAUUGCGAAUCAUCGGCCAGCGGCACAGGAGAUGAAUUGGCAAGUGAAACUUAUCUGACAGACUUUUUGUUUGCACCCCGUCUUAAUGGGAUGUAUGAGGAAGAGGAAAUGCUAGACCCCACAUCAAUCACUCACUUUGUGAGCCGCAACAAUGGUCCAGAAGGGAGGGAACCAGCCUUUUUCUCGGAGAAGGUAAUCUGGCUCACCGGAAAGCCGCAGUUUUUCGAAGAGCUUGCUGUGGCCUUCAUCACGGUAUGGCAAAUGUCCUUAUCCUCACAACUGCCAAGUGCUAAUACUAUUCAGUACGGAAAUGAGGCCAGCAUUGACGCUUAUUACUCUGCCGCAGUCAUCACCUCCUAUCUUGGAGCGUUUGAUAUGAUGACGGGACGUAGAGCUUGA